CCUGCGCCGAGUGGUCGAGACAAACUACGAAGCUGGUCACAAGCGAUUUGGUUUGCCGACUUCCGCUGGGUCGCGUGGCAAUGAUCGCACGAGGGACCGAUUAAUCGGCGGGGGGGGGAAGGAGGGACUGUGAUAGGGAAUCCGAAACCCGUCAGGCCCAGGAGGGUUGACAAUGAUUGAAAAGGCGAUCGAAGAAGUAGAAACGUUGUCCGGGUUCUGGCUUGGUGCCCAAGACGGGCAUUUAACAGUAGUAAUUGACGGGAACAAGGGAAUGAUCGGAGCCUUAAGGCCAGCCCGUGCGCGCGUAGGAAUUAAUGGGGCACGGUUAAGUGGAUAUCGAGAAAUUUGGAAUUAUUACAUUGGUGAGGAGAGGGGUUUGAAAGAACCCAAUAUGAGGGUGAGAGGGAGAGGGAGCGAGCGAGCGAAGUCUUUAGGGGGGAGUGGUGGAAAUUGGUCUCCUCCCAAGGGUGCCUCAGAAUCCGCAUUGGCCAAUACCAUUGACCAUUAGCGGUGUGGGUUAGGGAAGAUGGACACAGAGGAUCUGCGACCAAGUGCCAUCAUCUCGACAGUCUAAAAUGUGUCUCAAUUGUGCUGUGUGGAGCAGACGGGGCACCAUCACCGACGGGCUUGCC